AUGAAAAUCGUAUUAGUCUUGUUGUUCGCGGCGGCUGUAGCGGCUGCGACGACUUCACCAAAUGUUUUUGAAGAUCAGCAAUAUCCUUUAGAGCACUAUGAAACCUUACUGCAGACAGCCCCGGAGGGCCGCAAUUUCCUAAUUAACACUUUGAUUCGCCAACUUCUUGAAUUUCUGCGAAACCUUAUCUCCAACGGUAACGACCUUUUCGGAAUACCCCCAUUGGACCCUCUGAAGAUAGAGAAUCUUCAUUUGGAAAUACCAGCGGGUCUGAUAAACUUAAAGCUGAACCUGACAGAUGCACUGGUAACUGGGAUUGGAGCUUUCAAAGCUCACAGGACCCAUUUAGAUACAUCAGACAUUUCUUUCGACAUUGAUAUAUCCGUUCCAGAACUUAAGAUAUCGGCAGGUAGCUACCAAUUGGAUGGUGACCUCCUUACAGCUAUUCCUAUCUAUGGAGAUGGUGGAGCCGAAUUCAUCAUCACCGAUUUCCGAUUCAAGGCAAAGUUGUUCUUAAAACAAUCUGACGAUGGAAAAUCCGCCAUUUUGGAUAGAAUUGAAAACUUAACUUUCGAAAUACCUAAAUUCAAGUCAAACAUAACCGGCGCCAUUGGAGGAGGUGACAUAGACAAAAUCGUGGACGCAGUCUUAGAAGAAGUAAUUAUAGGUUAUGUCAACCGAUUCCGUGGUGCUAUAUCCAAAAUCGCGAACAUGGCUGUGAUAGCAAUACUUAAUCCGAUUCUGGAACAGCUGGACACUUGGCGCUGGAUCGCCAUGAUUCUACCAAGAGCUUGA